CGAUGGAGAGCCCACGAUCGGCGAAGAAGACCAAGAAGCCGGCGGCGGAGGGCCGUGGGAAGAAGCGCAAGGGAGAUGAAUUAACACGGUCAAGUACACCCACUUCUGCUGGCGGCGGUCAGAGCUCGCCACGGCUUCCAAGACAAGACUCUCGGUCGGGUGCACGUGCGUCGCCAUUGCGACGACUACACUCGAGCGGGUCCACGAGAGACCUCUCCAGCAUCGCGGCCAUGAAGCCCCUCAUGAGCGGAGAAAUGACGGAAAGCAUCAAGCACAUGAUGCACGGCUUUGGCGAUGUGUGGGAACCAGAUCCCGACACUGUCGAACUCAUGGAAGAGAUCGUUGUCGAGUACAUCCGUUCGAUGACGAAGAAAGCGAUGGAAAUAUCGGCGAUCCGAGGCAAGUUGGACGUCGACUGCCUCCUCUUCUCGGUGCGCAAGGACGAAGAAACUCUCGAUCGCGCAAACGAACUUCUGGCUGCAAACGAAUUGCUGAAGACUGUCCUGAACAGCGGAUUCGAUCCCAUCGAAGAGAAAUGAAUUCCUUUGGCAUCGUCACACCAGUAUCCGCCGACCGGCAACACCAAUCUAGAUAGCGCCGAACGACCAGUACGGCAGUACUGCCGUAUCAGACUACGUGCUUUGGUGCUUUCCUCAUGUGCACCUGUCAUUCGUCGUCCAAGCAUGAGCGCCCCUAUGCAUGUGUCCGUGUGGUGCUGCUUGUCAUUGCUCGCAUUCUCUUGAUCAUCGUGACGACAGUCCAGGUUUCUUCCCCCGCCAGAGCGGGGACUCUCUUGUCCGCAUCGUUCCUUC